GGUGUGAUGUUGGGCAAUGCUGCUGCGCUGACACCUGAAGGGAGUCGGUUGAGCAAAUGUCACCUUGAUGACUCAUUUGCCACCACUUCCUCAAAUCACUUUACGCAGUCGCGCUCCACGUUGAGGCAGAAGCAUGCGUCUGUUCCCCCGACGUCGCAUGGCCCCCAUGAAACUGGCUGUUAUAGGGGGGGCUAUCUUCAUGUUGGCCUUGUUGGUUCUCCAGAAGGACACGGACACCUCGUUAUCCACCGAACCCUGGCUCUGGGAACGGGUACCGAAGGACAAGGUGAUAAUCCUGGUCCGAGAGGCUGCCAAAAACUUGGGCUUCCAGAUUCCUGAUCCGGGCGAGACUGGGAGGAUCGCUUGCACUGUUGGUUUUUACAGCAAGGAUGAGCUCAAGCCUCACAUCGAGAGACCGCCUCAGAACCCCAACGCGCCUGGUGCAAAUGGAGAAGCCUUUGAACAAAAGAAUCUGUCUCCUGAGGAGACCAAGGAGAAGGAGGCGGGCAUGACCAAGCAUUGCUUCAAUGCGUUUGCCAGUGACCGCAUCUCGCUUAGCCGGAGCCUCGGCGACGACACUCGCCCUCCAGAGUGCUUGGCCCAGACGUUUUCCCGCUGCCCUCCGCUGCCUGACACCAGUGUGAUCAUCGUGUUCCACAACGAAGCCUGGUCCACGCUACUCCGAACGGUCUACAGCGUCUUGCACACGUCACCUGCCAUCUUGCUCAAAGAAAUCAUCCUGGUGGACGAUGCCAGCACUGAAGAGUACCUGCAGAAGCACCUGGAGGAGUACGUCCACGUCAUGAAGAUUGUCCGUGUGCUGAGGCAGCGUGAGCGGAAGGGACUGGUGGCGGCCCGGCUGCUGGGCGCCAGCAUCGCCCAAGGCCAAGUGCUCACCUUCCUUGAUGCGCACUGUGAGUGUUUCCACGGGUGGCUGGAGCCGCUAAUGAGCCGCAUUGCGGAGGAACCGACGGCGGUGGUCAGUCCGCGCAUCGUCUCCAUCGACCUCAACACUUUCAAAUUCAAGAAGCCUGUAGCCAACCAGCCUUACCAAAACCGAGGUUCCUUCGACUGGGCCUUGACCUUUAUCUGGGAGUCCGUCCCCGCUGACAUCUACAAGUUGCGCAACAAUGACACCUAUCCAAUCAAAACACCCACUUUUGCCGGCGGUCUCUUUUCCAUUUCAAAGAGCUACUUUGAACACAUCGGAACAUAUGAUGAACAGAUGGAGAUUUGGGGUGGUGAAAACGUGGAGAUGUCCUUCCGGGUGUGGCAGUGCGGCGGUCAGCUGGAGAUCCUUCCUUGUUCGGUGGUGGGCCACGUCUUCCGCACCAAGAGUCCGCACACUUUCCCCAAAGGCACCAACGUCAUCGUUCGUAACCAAGUGCGCCUGGCCGAGGUCUGGAUGGACGACUACAAAACGCUCUUCUAUCGUCACAACAAAAGGGCCAGCGCCAUGGCCCGUGAGCACUCGUAUGGGAACAUCUCCAGUCGCCUGAAACUGAGAGAGAGCUUAAACUGCAAGAACUUCUCCUGGUACCUAAACACCGUCUACCCCGAGAUGUACAUUCCUGAGAUCCAUCCAUUAAAAUAUGGAACAAUAAGGAAUGCCGGAUCUAAAACCUGCCUGGACGUCGGUGAUAUCAACCCAGAAGGGAAAUCUGUUAUCAUGUAUCAAUGUCACGACCAGGGAGGCAACCAGUACUUUGAAUAUACGGCCAACAAGGAGCUGCGCCAUAACAUCCGGCACGAGUUGUGUCUUCAGGUGUCGCUUAAUCCAGAGGCGGUGAAGAUCCAGAAAUGUACCCUGAAAAGAGGGGCCUCUAAGUCGUCGUCAAACCAGGAGUGGAUCUUCACACCGGAGAACCUCCUGAAGAAUACCAUCAGUGGGAAAUGCUUACAGGCGAAUGAAAAGGUGGUUGUGAUGGACAAGUGUAAUGCUUGGAACGACAACCAGCGCUGGAGCUUCAGCUGACAUCCUUCAAACAGCCCAACCGGACUCAUGAGGUUUUGGCACCAGACUCGCAUCGAUGCACUUGGAUUGGCUGCUUUAAAGAUAAUACCGGGUGCAAAGUCGGCUUUGGGUGCCUCAAAGGUGGUCAUCAGAGUCAAGGCUGGUUUUUUUUUUCACUAUGGACUUCCUUUGGUGGUGGUGGCUGUGAUGAUGGAAGUACAAUAAGUUAAGCAAAAUACUGUAAUAAAUGGACAAGCUAGUAAGACUUUGGCCAGACACUAUCUUGUUAGUGGUUUGAUUUUAACAUAGAGAUAGAAAACAUUCUGUUUUCCAUUUUACAGCAUGAGAAGGAAGGAAGUGGAAUUGAGCAGCUUUCUCGCAGUGUUAUUGUUUGGGCAGAAAUGUCUCAGAACAGAUAUUAGCAUGUUCAAGAAAGUCCCAUUUCAUUUAAGACUUUUGUAAGGGCCACAAGGUGUUCAUAUUUUGGAUAUUCUAUUUUAAAUAUGUAUAAAAAAAAUUUUUACAGCAUUGUCUAUCAAAAUUGUUACGCAAUGUGUCGUUUUUAAUUCAGAUUGAUGAUGAAGGCCUUUAUUUGAAAAAUCAUAUAACCGUUGGAGAAGUGGUUUAAUGAUAUGAUAUAAUAAUAGUUAGAAAAUAAGAUUUGUGUUCGACAAUGACAAAAAUCAUUACCUCCAAUUUCAUGAGGCAACAUGCAGCAAUACAUGGCGUGUCAAAAUAGAGAAUCGACAAAUGUCAGAUUCCUGUUUGCUUGCUGUUUGUCUCGUUGACCUAUUACUAAACUACAACUGUCAAAGGACCGGCACUCUG